CACCACGCACCCAUCCCGACCGAUCAUUCUGCCGCGCCAAGGCCCAUGUGAAGCCAGAGGAGAUACGCAUUCGCGAAUGCGUACGUCCCACCGCAUGCGCACCCGAGUUCGCGCAGGCAACGAUCUGCCAAAGCCGACUCAGACUCCUUGAUCGCUCCGUGAGGCGCAACGGAAACAUCGGCCUCCCAAUCGGACAGAUGUAAUGCCUUUGUGGUUGGCCUUAUCAGCGGCAGUGACGGCUUGGUCUCAUAUCGGUCUUUCAUUGUGUGCUGAGCUUCCUUAUGCCUUGUUCGUACCCUGCCGGCUCGUGCUGUGUGCACGUUUCUCACGGAACCCCAUAUUUGCCGCGAAGCAUGGUGCCAGGUUCAUUAUAGGUGUUGAAAGUACGGCAACUACUCGUAUUCGUCGACACUUUGUCCACCGGUCAUCCACUACUGCUUCUACUGCUUUGAGGGGAACCACCCUUUCAUCAUCCAUUGAACUCUCUUACCAGGUGCCCUCGGUUCACUACUCAGGGAACCUUGACUGCAGCCACCCCUCAAAGCGUCCGGCCGUCGUCAUGCAUCACGUAGGCCUUUGGCCUAUUAGGUACGCACCAGCGGCCCACACCUCUUCGACUCACCUGGAGCUUGACGCCUGACGUUCACCUCUACCUCUCCCGGCACAGAUAGGCGCGUCUACGAUAACGCUCCUGCAAAGUGCACGGCGCUCUGCUGCAUCGU